AAUUUACUCAUCCCACAAGGAGAAAAAAAAGGCACCCUUUGUGAGAGCCUCUUCUGCCUCCUCGCGUCUCUCUCCAUUCCGCUGCCGCCAUCCAGAUUCACCAUCACUAGCAGCAGUAGAGCACAAAUCCAAUGCAUCCACCAUCCAAUCAACCACCGAAUCCAAGCUGACGAUCGAUUUCAGCGGCGCGGCGGAAGGAGAAUCGAGGAGGAGUCGGAUCGAGCUGGCUGCGCGGCGGAGGCGGCGCUUCCCGUCCCUUCCAGAUCGACGGCCGCAGGCGGGGGCUGGGGAGCGGAGCGCCGGAGGAGCCGCGACCUCGAAACAGGAGGCAGCCGCCCGGGGUGCAUAUCUCUCGAUUGGUCCUAGCUAGGGUUUCAGUCAGUCGGCCGGGACCAUGGAGUCGCCGCCGCCCAAGCGCGACGUCGGCCACGGCGGCGAGGACGGAAUCAGCGCGCUCCCCGACCCCCUCCUACUCGACAUCCUCGAGCGCCUCGACCUGCGCGAGGCGGUCCGCGCCGGCGCGCUCUCCACGCGCUGGCGGCACCUCCCCGGCCACCUCUCGCGCGUGCGCCUCGACGUCGCUCACUUCCGCGGCGCCACGCCGCUCGAGGUCAUGGACGCGUUCACGGGCGCGGCGCGGGCCUUGCUGACUCGGGUGCCUCCCGCCGAGGGUGGUCCCCUCAAGGUGCUCGUCCUGAGCUUCUACACGUCUUCCCCUCACCUGAGCUCCAUAGGCCGCCUCAUCGAGGACAUUGUGAGCUUGGGCCACACCCAAUGCCUUGAGUUUUGCAUAUCCCCGCCGGGCACUAACCCGCUGGGCAGCAACAUUGAGAUUGGGCAGGAGUUCAUGGCCUUCUCCCGCGCCUACCCAGUUGCCUUCUCGUGGCUCACGACGCUUACGCUCGAAUAUCAUGCUUUUGGAAAUUCCGACAUCACUGACCUCAUUACCACUUGCGGUAGGCUCAGGCACCUCAGCUUGAGAUUCUGCAGACUGCUUGAUCUGCACUCCACGCUCAGGAUUGAUGUGCCGUGCUCUGAGCUCCAGGAGCUUGAGUUCAUCGGCCUUUUGUGCACACGGAUCGAGCUCGUCUCUGUCCCCAAGCUUGGACAGGUGGAGUGCAAAUGUUGGCUCUUCAAUAACCCUCCAGUGCGCUUUGGCUACGUUCCUGAGCUUCGCGGUUUAGUACUCGCUUCUAAAGCCAAGGCAUGGCAAGAGCCAUUCGCGCUGAGCGAAUGCCUGUCAACGAGUGCUGGUGCUAGGAACCUGUCAACACUGACUCUCUGUUUUGGAUACCAAAUGAUUUGGAUUCAGCCAGAACCUCCGAAGCAGCAAAUUGCUAUAUUCAGAAACCUGACCUCUGUGCGUCUUUUCGGUAUCUUCUGUGAGUGUGAUCUGAGCUGGACUCUGUUUAUCCUUGAGGCUGCACCUGCCCUACAUGAUUUGGCAUUGUCUCGACAUUCAUGUGUCAAGACGCCCGAGAACAGCGCCGAGAAGACCAACGUGGUGUGGGAGCCAUCCAAGGAUUUGAAGCACCCGAACUUGAAGGUGCUGCAGAUCUUCGGGUGCGGGGAUGAAGACAAGGUGACAAACUAUAUAAGGCUUGUCAUGGAACGAGCUGUGGGGCUUUUGAUAAUUCGGUUGUAUGGUGAAAACCCAUGCACAUACUGCGAUGCCGGCAACCUUGAAAGAUCCCAGGCGGAAAAGGCUGGCAGGCGUCGUAUUAAGGAGCAACUCACACAUGGAUCAUCCUCAUCUGUGGAGGUAAUUAUCUGUUGACGGAUAUGGUCAGGGAAUGCUAGAGGUCUCGUAAUGCUCGCAGGCUUGCAGCAGCUUGAGCAAUGACUGCAAGAGGCGCAGCCAGUUGUAAUUCUAAUUUCUAGUUAUUGGUAACCUGAGAAUACUUGCUCGGUGUGGACCUCGCAAUUCUAAUUUCUGGUUAUUGGUGGCCUGGGAACACUUGAUCGCACUGUGGCUAACUUAAAAUGUGUGUACUUGAAUC